CGACUAAAUACCUUUUACAGAAAUGUACCUGCUACUGGAUUAAUGUUUUCUGUUUAUUUAUCAAGUAAAAUCUACAUUUCUGUUACUUUUCAUUACCUGGAUUUGCUACACCUGCUUCUUAUUCAUCACUGACUUGCUGCACUUGUUUGUUUUUGUAAUCUUUUUAAUCUAAAAAUGAAGAUAAUUCAGACUGUAGUUUGAGAGAUUCCCUCCUACAGGACGUCUCCUUGUAAUCCGACCCCGACCCAUGAUGCACUGGGGGGUUUCUACGGCGACCCUGACAAUCAAAAAACAUGGCCGAAGCUGCAGAGAAGCCGGACCAGCACGAACAAACUUCCUCCCACGUCCUGACAUUUUCCGCCCGACACCCGAUGAUCCCCAGACUGUACGUGAUGCCCUGGAGGCGGGACAUGAAGCACCAGAGGCUCCUGAUGAAGAACGCAGCUCUGGCUGGGAUCCCCACGGUUCCUCUGGAGGAGUCGUUGUGUUUCUGUGGUCGAGAACGUCUCUGCCACGGUCAGGACUCCAACAAUAGAUCUUCAUCAUCAUCAUCCUCCUCAUCCUCAGCCCCUCUCAGCCAGACGUUACUGACAGCUCAUCACUCCUCACACCUGUCCAGGUUCAACAGCUCAGUGGUGACGACCAGAAGCCUCUACCAAACCUGAGAACCAAACUCUUCGUUUCCUGCAUUCUGGUGAAUCUUUACGCUCCCAUUUGGUCGUUUUCUUCAUCAGUUUAUGGUGAACAUGUUAAAAAAAUAAACAAAAUUCAGUACAUCACACGAUUUAGUGAAACUUGUAAAUAAUACGGGGAAUAAGUAGAUAAAUGUAAAAGCUGCUGCUUAUGCUGCAGAAAGUCUCCUGUUAAUAAUUAAUGCUGCAACUACUAAAGACAAACAAGUUCCUUCUAUCCAGGAAACAACUCCAUAAAUCCAAGAAAAUUCCUUAAAAAGUACCAAAUAACCCAUUAAUAUUCUAAUCCAGCAUCUCACUGCAGCUCCAGGUUCAACAUCUGUAAAGUUUGAAUCAUCUGGAAGCUCCGAUGAACCAAAACCUGUUUUAAAGUUUGACUCCGACUCCCUGAAUCUUGACUUUACAGCUGAAUAAAUAUAAAUAUGUUGCAUUAAACUAGUCUGACUGUCUCCUGUUGUCGUGUCUUUGUAUUUAUUGUUCAG